AGAAACGCGCGAUCGGUGCGAUCGAUCUUCCGUUAAGAUGAUAUCGUUCGUGUCCUGAUACUUUGAAAAAUGUUAAUAUUACAAGAUUCCGAUCGUUUCGACGCAUUAAUCUGCCUUUUCGUUGAAUUCGGGAACGUUUGUUCUACUCAGUAUGGUUCUUGGCAUACAACAACAAGUGAAAGAAUUAGAAAAAAAUCGACAGACUCGUUGUGCGUGCUAAUAAAACGAUUUAUACUUUAGCCAAUUAGGAGUAACAAACUCCCAUCCUAUGACGUACAUUGCAAUUUAAAAUAUAACACGAUGAGCAAGGCGAGAGUAGGGUCUGAGUAUAUCCCGUUAGUGGAAGACGAGAUGUCGAAAGCGCGGGUUGUUUUACCCUUCUCUAAAUUAGCAUGGUUCACCGUCUCUUUACCAUUCUUAGCAUUUACUUUCUGUGUUAUUUGGUCCAUCGUGUACAAUUUUGAACAUUCUACUUCCACGCAUUGCAAGGUAUAUAAUUUUUUACCAUCUGUCUCGGCAGCUAUCGGACAUUACAGACCGCAGAGAGACAUAUGGAAAAUUGCGAUCGCUUUACAAGCAUUGAUAAGAAUAUUAGUAUUAAUAAUGUAUUACCGUUAUUACAAAGAACAUAUCUAUAAAUGGGCACAAACUAUAUGUAAUAUUGCGGUAAUUACUUACGCUGUCGAGAACGUAUCUCUUGUUACAUUAAGCUUUUGGACGUCGGACGAAAAUUAUGCCUUCCACAAAUUGUCUUUUAUAAUGUUUCUGAUAAUGUCUUUUAUUCAUAUGCUUGUAGCAUAUUUUAUUAUGAGAAAUUGCCGUAACAGUACAAGGGAGUCGUCAGAAAAUGUUUCCAUGAAAUGGAAACGGAGAUCACUGAUGUUAAACGUGUUGUCUAUACUGUUUGCAUGUUAUUUUUUCUACAGGCAUAACAAGUAUUGCGAACCUCUAGUCUACUCUCUGUUUGCAUUAAGUGAGUAUGGAGUUGUUCUUUCAAAUAUGGGAUUUCACUCUACGGCGGCUUGGGAUUUCGCAAAUUCUCAUCUUAUGAUAUCGGGAACUGGGUUUAGAAUAAUAUGAAACAACUCUAUACGCAUGUUAUUACAGUUAUGUAUUAUUGAAGAAUGUUUAUAUACUAGUCUCUUGUGUUUAUUUUUAAACGUCGGUUAUAUGCUUGAAAUUUUUUUUUAUUUUAUUUCUCUAUACAAAAGUACAGAAUGCAAGCCAUUAGAAACGAUCUAUAUAUAAUUUUUUACAACACAAUUAUAAAUGCGGAAGACUGCUUUUAUCAAUGAUGGAAAGUCAUGAUGGA